GCGUGCGCGGCGGGCGCGGGGGCCGGCCAGGGGCGGGGGCGGCGGCGGAGCCCGGCGGAGGCGAGCGGAGCGGAGCGGAGGGCUGUCCCGAAGCAUGGCGGUGAAGUGGAGCGGCGGGCACUGCUCCCCCGUGCAGUGCCUGGCGGUGAGCGCCGAAGGGCUGGUGGCCUCGGGCGCGGAGCGCGGCGAGCUGGCGCUCUGGGACGGGGCAGGCUCGCCCCUGGCCCAGCUGCGGCUCCCGCCGGCCGACGACGUGACCUCGGUGGUGUUCUCCUCCCGCCGGCCCAGCACGCUGUACGCCUCCCACGGAGAAACCAUCAGCGUGCUGGAUGCCCGCUCCCUGCAGCAGGAGCCCCUGCAGCGCUUCCAGGUGAACGAGGAGGAGAUCAACUGCCUCGCGGUGAACGACGCCGACAGCUUCCUGGCUGCCGCCGAUGACUCGGGGGCCAUAAAGGUUGUGGACUUGGAAAGCAAGAAAGUCAGCCGCUCCUUGAGACACUCCAACAUCUGCUCGUCUGUUGCCUUCCGACCUCAGCGGCCCCAAAGCCUGGUUUCCUGUGGACUGGACAUGCAGGUGAUGCUGUGGAACCUGCAGAAAGUUCGUCCCUUGUGGACCAUGAACCUGCAGGAGUGUGACGUGGAGGAAGAGAGCCCACAGUCAGCUGGGCAGUUCUUCAACCCACCUCUUGCACAUUCCCUGUCUGUGGCCUCGUGUGGCAACAUCUUCAGCUGUGGAGCUCAGGAUGGGAAAAUCCGAAUAUUCCGAGUCACCGGUGCCAGGUUUGAACAUGAGCUGGAGUUCCAGGCUCACAGCUUGGGAGUCUCGCAGGUGCUCUUUAUGCCUGAGACAUACCAGUUGUUGUCUGGAGGAAACGAUGGGAAAGUCUUGCUCUGGGAUGUCAGCAGCAACGUCGGGAAGCAGCAGAAAAGUCCAGCAAAGUCUCUGCACAGGAGGAAAGCCCAAGCAGCUGCUUCCAGCAGGAAAGAUGGGAAGCUCAACAAAGCGGCCUCAAAUGAACACCCUGGAGUUGUGCCAAAGCUCAGCAUUGAGCACGGAGAGAAGGUGAACUGGCUCUCGUGUGCAGAAAUCAAAGGCUCCAGGAGAGUGUUGGUUGCUGACCAGAGCAGCUCUGUGUCAGUCUAUCCAUUGCCAGAACCUUAAGGCAGCCAGGUGCUUACAGAAAUCUGGGGGACAAAACCACUUCUCAGAGCCAGUUACAUCCACUGACAGUGAACUGGACAGUGAGCCCCUCUGGGUCCCUGGGAAGGGAAGGGGUUUGCUGUGCACUGGCCUCGUGCUGGUUCUUUGUGGCUGUUAUGCUCACAGCCACUCUCUCUUGCAGGGUUGGCAGUUUGCUGCUUGAAUUUAAGUGAAACGGGUCUCUAUAUUUAGGGGUAACAUUAGUUCAUGGCUAAGCUGAUGUAAUUAAGGCUGGAGGAGAAUAUUGGUGCUCAGGAGACACCCACAAUGGUAAGUGAGGCUGCUGAGCAGUAGCAGGGCUGUCACUGGCUCAGCUCUGUGUAGCUGGGGCUGUUGCAGUGCCCUGUGUGACUUCUCCCAUGAAGCUGUGUCCCAGUUGGCUUGAACUGGUCAUGGUGGAAUCUGGUUUUCAUCACACUCUGUCAGCAGCUGCAUAGACUAGAGAUGCAUCAAUUAACAAGUAAUCAAAUGAGCUUCCCUGUGGUUGCCAACUGAAUUUUUUCACUGCAGCAAAAGAAGGAGCAGGGGAACUGUUACACCUGUUUGCUGGGUCAGCUGUCAGUUAGUUGUGAAUCCCAGGGAAAAAGAACUAUUACACUUGUCUUAAUAAAUGCUUUCUCUCUCACUG